CGACAAGAUGGCGGCGGCGCUGAGGGCGCGCUCGGUGCGGGGCUUGGUGGCGGCGGCGGUGCCGGGCCUCGCUUUCACUCGUUCCGCGUUUGUUGCGAGAAAACCUAACUACGCCCAACCAAACUGGCUGGGAGUCGGCUUGGCGUUUGGCACCUCUGCUGCCUUGUGGGCUUUUCUUAUCAAGCAGCAUAAUGAAGAUGUAAUGGAAUAUGAAAGAAGACAAAAAGAGGGUCACCAUAAGUGUACCGGAUGCUCAUAGUUGAUGAUAUGCUCAGAGGUAACAGGAUCACCAGUUGUGAGCACAGCGGGAGUACAGAGUGAUGUAAUUACUUGUAUGUUCAUACAUUUCAUGUGCAUAAAUAUGAAAUAAAUGAUAAAGCCUAGAAGAAACUU